AUGGAGUUACCUAUAAAUCAGGGUUUACUAGUUCCCAUUCGAAAAAAACACGAAGGCAAUGCUGAAGAAUUUGAGGAAAAGGACAAUUUGAGUUAUGGUGAAAAUGUAUUAAAUUCUAGGGGUGAUUUAUUUGGAAACUUAGGAAAUGAUAUCUCUGUUGACAAUACAUCAGCGUGGAAAGGUGUUCUUUGCUCUCCGUUUUAUCCUCGUUACUCUCAAGCAAUAAUGAAAUCUCAUGUAUGGCCUGGAGCUUGUGCAGUUGCUUACAAUCUCCAAACUGACUAUAUGUAUAUUGGAUGGGGUCAAAAGCAUGAUUAUUAUAUGCUUUAUAACAUUUUUAUGGACAAAAUUAAAAUGGAAAAUCCAACUCAAGAUGAUACCUUUACGGUGGAGUUUCAAGAAUUUACUAAGAAAGAGAAAAUGGAGAAUGAAAAACUUCGCAUACGUAAAAAACGUAAUAACCCUUUUCCACUACGAUUUAAUCGUACAAAAUACAAAGGUGGUGAAAAAGUUAUUACAUAUUAUACUUACGAGUAA